CUCGGCCAUGUUGACAACCUCUUGUGGAAGACGUUGAGAAACACUGUGUUUGUGCUUUUUUGAGAACCCUCCGAACGUCUGUAGCCACAGGACCCCCAGGAAAAUAUAUCUGUUUGUAUUUUAAAGAUUUCCAAGGUAAAAGAGAAUAAAUUUCAUGGAAAAUAUUUUUCAUCUCAAAGAAACAAUAACAAGUGCUUUGUAUACUUGUGAAAAUUACGAAGAAUGGGCUGGAAAAUUUUUCUCUCUGAUAGAAAAUUUACAACCGAGUCACGAAUUAUGUCAGAUAAUUAUCAAUGGAUUCAUUGAAAGCCACUUGAAUAGAGAUUAUUACUAUUGUUUCGCUACGUGGCUAGGAUCGACAAAUGUGGUUUUUCGUUCAAUUUUCGAAAAAAUAUUUGAAAAUCUUUUCGAGUCGGAAUUACCAGGCGAACCAGAUCUUCACCGUAUUUAUGAAGAGACAAAAUUUUUCGCUCGUCUCAUUUAUGAAAAUUCGAUAUCAUGGGAUGUUCUCUCGUGCAUACAAUUAAAAGCGAAUUCGUCAGCAGUACAAGAAUAUUUCGUGACACUAUUAUUUUUAGAAUUGUCGGCGAAUUUUGGAAAAAGAACUUUAUGCGAACGACUUGAAGAAUCAAAAUCGAGAAACGAUUUUAAAGGUCUUUUUCCAAAGGAUAAUUUGGAUAACACGCGAUUCGCCAUAAAAAUAUUCGAAUUAGUCGAUUUACACGAUUUGACUCACGAUUUGCACGCACAUAUCAACGAAUACGAACUUAAUUGCAGAAUACAAAAAUUAUCCUUAUAAAUAAAAUGACAAAAACGAAAAUUAAUAGACUCGUAUUAGUAUUAUGAUAAUUAGUAUAUACAAACAUUUGUAAAUAUUAUAUACAUUUCUUUUUAUAUUUAUAAAAUACAAAAAAAAAAUUAUCAUUUCUAAA